AUGAAUAAAUCUGUUGUUGUCGCUAGACACUCUUAUGCAAUUUUCUCUAUUCUGCAGUUCCUAAGACCAAGUUUAAGGACCAGACUAUAACUACUAUGCAAGUAUUUCUACGAUAAAAUCAUCCCAGAGUUGGUCUUUUCUUUCCCAAUUUUAGAAUCAAAUAAAGAUGACUACUUUGAACUUUUCAAAGAUUAGAAAGUUAUCAGAAUAAAUCAGAGUUCGGGUCAAACAAUCUUAUAUUCAUAAUAAAUCAGACAAUUAGUAAAUACCAGCUUAAGCCCUCAAAACCAGAUUGUUUAGCAAUGGAAUAAUACCAAGUUAGAGGUCCCAGCUGGGUUUUAAUUUGAGAAAAUAAUAUUUGUUGAUUACUAGUAUUACUUAUUCAACUCAACACCUACAGCAAUGAAAGUUUACAAGUUGAUAGGAAAUAAAAUUGUUCAAGUUAAUGAAGCAAAAAUGGUAAAGACCAUCCAAUCAUGCUAUGUUGCAGUGCAAAAUCGAUAUAUUCUUAGAAUAGGAGGGUAUUAAAGCCUACUUGAUGAGAAAAAAUCAAAGUAAAUGGUAUUUUCAAUGAGAAUUGCUCCAAAAAGCAAUACAUAAUAUGACAACAUUAUCAAGAUAUUUGACAUAGUAACUAAUUAAUGGAUAAACACUAAUAAAUUCGGUUAAUUAAGCAAUAUUAGGCACGGUUGCUCUGCAUCUGUCCACAAUAAAAAUUUGUAUGUUUUCGGAGGAAGUUACUUUAUUCAAAGUGGCAAUCGAAUUAAUGUACUUGCUCACUAACCAACAAUUGAGAAGUAGGACUUACUUAACCCUUAAUAGCAAUUCUAAGUCAUUGAUUUUAAGAUGAAGAUUCCAAUGGAAACUUUAUUCUCUUGCUAGCAUCUCGCUUAGGAUCAUUUCUUUAUCUUCGGAUAAAUAGAGAGUAAAGCUAAUGCUACUAAAACAAAAUAGAGUAAAUUGAUUUGUAACUUCUAUCGAUAUAAUGUCUCCUCACAUCAAUAUCAAAAGAAAAAAUAGGGAAAAGUAGAGGAUAAGAUUUUAGAUCAACUUUAGACACAAGGAUUAGAAAAGUAGAAACAAAAUACGAACUUUUAAGAUAUUAAGGCAUAUAACGGUAUUCAUGUGAUUACGAACGAUUUCGGUGCUGUUGUGUUUUAAGACAAAGAAUUAUUAAAUCACGAGAAGUACAUUUUAAGUUGGAAAAUUGGUUAUGAUGCUGUAAAGUAGCCUGAUCCUCCAAAACCGAAGCUAUUAAAACCAUCAGUAAAUGAUUAAGCGAAAAUUGGCUAGAAUUUAAACAAGCGACCAUAGACUGCACUUCCGAUAAGAAAGACUAAUUUGGCUUAAAGACCUUAAUCAGCCGUAACUAGACCUGUAGUAUCUAGAAGAUUAGUUCAAGGAAUUAUAAAUUAACGAUGA